UUAAUCCUACCAUUAUUUCAGGAAACGGUGUGGUCAUCCACCUGCCAGGUCUCUUCGAGGAGCUGAAGAAGAACGAGCUGAAAGGCAUGGAAGGCUGGCAGGACCGCCUCAUCAUCUCCGACAGAGCACACCUCGUCUUCGACAUGCAUCAACAGGUUGACGGUCUUCAAGAAGCAGAGAAGGGCAAGAACUCGUUAGGCACCACAAAGAAGGGUAUCGGCCCGACUUACUCCUCAAAGGCGACCCGCAACGGACUGCGGAUAGGAGACCUGCUCGGCGACUUUGAAGUUUUUGAGGAGAAGUUCCGCACCCUCGCAGCGAACUACAAGAGAAUGUUCCCAUCAUUAGAGGUUGACAUCGACGCGGAACUCGCCCGCUACCAGGUCUUCGCGACCAAGAUCAAGCCGAUGGUACGCGACACGGUCUCGUACCUGCAUAAAGCUAUCGGCGAGGGCAAGAAGGUUUUAGUCGAAGGUGCUAACGCCGCCAUGUUGGAUAUUGACUUUGGCACGUACCCAUACGUGACGUCGUCCAACUGCAGCAUCGGCGGCGUGUGCACGGGGCUGGGGCUGCCGCCGCUCGUCAUCGGCGACGUGCUCGGCGUCGUCAAGGCCUACACCACGCGCGUCGGCGACGGACCCUUCCCCACUGAGCUGCAUGAUGAGACAGGCAGCCUGCUGCAGGAGCGCGGCCACGAGGUGGGAGUGACCACGAAGCGGGUGCGACGCUGCGGCUGGCUCGACCUGGUCGUCGUGCGGUACACCGCCAUGGUCAACGGGUACACCGCGAUAUGCCUUACAAAGAUGGACAUCCUUGACACGUUAAAAGAGAUCAAGAUCGGUGUCGCCUACAAGCUGAACGGCAAGAAGAUCGAAUACUUCCCAUCAUCGAUGACAGAGCUUAGCAAUGUUGAGGUGGAGUACAUCACAGUCCCGGGCUGGGCGUGCAGUAUAGAGGACGUGCGGCAGCUGGACAAGCUCCCGCAGCAGGCGCGGAACUACGUCAAGGUCAUCGAGGACUUCCUGCAAGUACCUGUAAAAUUCAUCGGCGUCGGUCAGAAUCGGGAGUCCAUCAUCAACGUCCAGGAAGCUUAACGUUGGCACUUGAUACUUUAGCGUCUCUUCUUAUUGUAAUGUUACUUAAGGUACGAGAGACAACCUCUCUUUUGCGCUCAUAACACUUUCUAUCUCGCUUCUAAAUAUAGCGCCUUGGGAUGAACAGAACAGGUUUAAAUCGUACAAUGUAGAAGGAUCAUACAUGAGAAACAACUAUGAAUUAAUGACGUCAUCCCUUAAAGAUUGGAGACAGUAUAAUGUCUAGUAUUAUGCUGGAUGUAGCGAAUAAAAGAAGGGAUUAGAAAGAAUGUUUCUUCAUGUAAACGGUUUCUAAAGAUGUAGGACACGCUAUGCAUUUUUUGUAGUUCUUUUCAUAAUAUUUGGUCACCUAAUGCCUUUGAUUUCUACUUAUUUAAAAGGUAUGCGAGUUCGAAAGAGGUAGUUUAAUUGAAAACAAGACUUAUGGCUAUGAGCACAAGAGAGAAUGUUGCCUGACACAGCGUCCUACUAGCUUAUACAUCUAUCUGUCGUGUAUCUGAAUCGUUUGUAUAUUAUACAGGGCGAAUUCUUGAAAUGGGUGCGGCCAACCCAUAGAAAAACCUUAAAAUAUAUAAAAAUGUACUUAUAAAUGUCAUGGGGCUUAUUUAUUGAAAUUUUAAUGAGCUGCGUAAAAUAUACACUCUGUAUAAAUUGAGCAAAGGUUAUUGAACUGCACAUUUCUUAUAUAAGGCUUGUGAUACAGGCGCUUCACCUUUGGAAUUGAUUACAAUAGCAUUUUGGAUAGAUUUAAUAGUAUGUCAAUUGUAUUUGUUACAAGAUUUGUAAACUGAUUUUGUUCAAAGAACAAAUAAAUAAGAGCGAAUAAUGAAAUUGUAAAAUCAAUCAGACGACUAAUUUUUGUCAUUAUGUUAUUUACUGCUACUUCAAGUAAUUUUAUCAAAAUGUAAUUUAAAAAUCUCUUCAGCUUUUGGAAUAAUGUAGCGUACUUAUCCAUACAAUAUCUGGGAGAUUGGUUCACAUUAAAAUAAAACAAAUAUUUAAUUCCACACAUUUAAAGUGCUAUCUUCAAAAUUUGCCUCAUGACGCUACCGAUAUAUCAAAAUUGCAAUCAAUCUUCUUGAACCAGUAUUCAUCAAAGCUUCUAAAACAUCUCGAAUAAACUAUAUCCUUCACUAUCUAAAUUAGUCAACACAAUAGAAGCUUUACGCUAGUCAGUUAUCAAAGGUGCCGGUUUUAUACAAUAUAUUUGUAAUACAGUAUUGUUCUGCAAUUUAUGCUGAACUUUGAAAUCUUGCCUGUUAAAGACAAAUUUGUAAAAUUUAGAUUGCUAUUGUGUCCGAAAGUACUUAUUCAAUGACCUCACCUAUACUGAAACGUGUUUUGAAUUGUCGCUCUUAUGUUUAUCUGUCGCCACUGAAUAUAGACAGAGCGACAGAGAUAGCAUAAGACAUACAGAGGAAAAGAGUUACAAGUUAGUUGAAGCGAGAUCACAGUAUACAUGCACUGUGUGUCAAACAGAGACGGCGAUAUUUUGUCUUACUUCAACUCAAUGUAGAAAUUCAUUACCUACACGUUUUAAUAUUCAGUAUUCGAUCGCUGUUGUAAGCUUAACGAAGUCGACGCAAUAGAAAUUUGUCUGUAUAAGGCGGUCCGCAAACGCAGACACUUGGUUUUUGGAUCGGCACACCUUAACAGGGAGUUGUAGUUGCUGUGUCAUGUAGAUGUAACGAGAAGUCAUUUUCUUAUUGGUUCUAUGGACAUAUUAUAUUCAUCGGUAGCUUGUAUCUGACAAAAGUAAGUGUCCACGUUUGCGCCCCACCUAAACAUUAAGAGGACAUUUACAAGUGCACGCGGAAUCAGUGCAUUGAACCUUUGUAGUAAAAUAAUUUAGCUAAUUUUAAUACGAUGUGUAUUCAUCUUAUAUAUCAUAGAAAUAUAUUUUACGGCGGAUUUUAGUACAAAAAUACUGUGGGUGACGCAAUACCAAGUUUCUUUCGCAGCAAUAAUAGGGUAAUUAUUAUAAUAUACUCUGUCGAGGUGCGUUUGGUACGACAUGGCGGAUAUACUUGUAAAGUAUUAUUAUAAAGACACCAAUGCCUGUACUAUGAGCUGUUAGCCAGACUGUGGCUGUUGUAGAAGUGAGACAACGAUAUAUAUUCUGCGCAUAGCCGUAUCUCCCUUCCACAAUAGUAACGAUCUGCUUUUAGUGGCUUGUAGUAAGCGCUGGGCUUAUUUUAACUAAUGUUAAUUUUUAUAAGUUCACGAAUGUUCCAAGUGCACAUUAUCAAUACCAGAAAUCUUAUUUGAUGUAAAUGAACUCUCAUUUGCUUAUUUGAUAUUCAGUUUUAAAACUUAUAUUGUUUCCUACUCUUUAUUUGUUUAAUUAUCUUUUCAUUCCUAUUUAAACUUAUUUCUCAAUGAUGCAAAGUUAUUGACUUAUAUUAACUAAAUACUGGUAUUGAUAAAAUGGAACGUUAUUUUUUUUGUUUCUUAAAUUGACAGUCGGUGUUUUGCACAAAGGAAAUAGCGGUACUAUUCAAUAAAGACCUUUUUAGUGUUAAUAUUAUUAACAUUUGUUUGAAAUCAAUACUUUUUUACUAACUUUUUUUCAUUUAGGGCUAUAUUUUCUGCUUUCAACAAUCUUGUGAAGCGAAAUUUAGACAUUAUUUUACAAAUUUAUUACAGUUUUACAAAGGCCCAUUCCAAAGAUCUUUUGAAAUGAAAUAUUGUAUGUACUUAUUUAACGAAUCAUCGUUUUGCUUCUACAUUCUGUGAGUCGUGUUUUUUAUGUGAUAUAAUUGUGUAUAAAUUAAUGGAAAUAGUUACAUUAAUACAGUCUUAUACGGCAUGUAUUAAUGUAGUUAUUUAAUUACAGUUAAUAUGCCAUUAAAACGGUUUAUUCUUUUA